AUGAGAUAUAUAGGACCAAAUUUUGAUUUCAACAAAUAUCACAGUUUGGAAGAAUAUGAAAAUUAUUUGGAAAGUAUAGCAAAAGCAUUUCCGGAUUUAACACAAUUACGGAUUAUCGGAUUUACACAUGAAAAACGACGAUUGCUUUGUUUAAAGGUAUUCAUUAAUUAA